UCCUUCUUUGCUCAACAGACACGUAAGGAAAACAAAAUGGUGUACAUCCAAGGAAGCAACGUGCUUGAAAGGAGGUCUAUCUGGAGACUCUCUAUUAUCACAGAUGUCUUUUGGGGAAUCAUCGAUUUUAUUAUUCUCUUCUUUCACACAAUGGUUUCGCCUGGUUUGACCAAAAACGGUAGUCAGUCCAAUUCUGAUUAUAGACCGGGAGGCGGACCACCAAAGCCUCCAGGUCGAAGGUUCGGCAGAUUAGGUGGAGGAGGAGACGGCCCAUACAAUCCUGGACCACCAAUGGGUGGAGGAUGAGGAAGGUAAAAGCUUACCAGGUAUCUUGGUAAGCUUGGUCUGAGGAUGACAACAGUCUGGCAUUUAAUGGCAUGACGUCACCCGGGCAAAGCUAGGUGGCACCCAGUGACUGAUGAAAGCCUCCAUGCGUCACCUCAAUUCUCAACUAUAUAUCAUCAAGUAAUAACCAAUAGCUCAAGGUUAAUAUUUUAUUUGCUGUAUUUUUACAAAUUAGCCUUGUAUACAUUGUAUUACUUACAUAAACCCAAUUAGUUCAGCUUCUAGAUCUACUUUGUAAAUACCAGCAUUUGAUAACAAAAUGCAGCUCUCAAUAAAGAAUUAUAUAAAUGCUUUUCAAA